AUGGCUAAACAUCUAAUCAACACUAAAGAUAAAAUACCCAUCACACAAAGGUCUGGAGUUUACGAACUUUUUUGCUCCCAACCCCAAUGCAAUGUCACUUACGUAGGUCAAAGUGGGAGGAGAAUAGAAACAAGGGUUGGUGAACAUCUGAAACAUAUAGAGAAAAACAGAGAUAAAGAUAUCGUCAACACCCCAUCACAGUUCGCCAACCACAUCUUAGAGUCAGGCCACACUUUCGAUCCAAGAACUGGUGUCAAAGUUUUGCAUGUUUGUGAGAAGAGUCUUCAAUUGGAUCUUCUGGAGAUCUUGGAAAUCAACAGAGCGUUGAGGUCUCAAGAAUAUAACUGCGUCAAUGAGCAGAUUAACUUUGACUGUUCAACUUUUUUCAAUUCUAUACGAGAGCACCUGAUGAUGGCAAGUUACCUUGCCGAAAUGCAUAGUGCAUAAUUUAAAUAUAUAGUGGAGUAGACCAUUUGUUUGUUUGUAACCAUUAUUAAAAACUCCACCGAUGGACUAU